AUGACGAGAAACGGAGCACCGCCUGAUUACUAUGCCAUUCUGGAGGUUUCAGAGAAGGCCUCGGCAGCACAGAUUCGAGAUGCCUAUAAGCGAGCUGCCCUGAAAACACAUCCCGAUCGAGUCGCCAACGACUCACCAGAGCGCGAACAGAGAACACGACGCUUUCAACUCGUGAAUGAGGCUUACUAUUGUCUUUCCGAGCCUUCAAGGAGACGCGAGUAUGAUUUACAGCGAGGAUACUACCACCCGUCAGCGUCCGAUCCCUUUACAGAAGCAGACGACGCUACGGGACAAGGUUAUUCGUGGGCAUGGGACUUCUUCGAGAACCAGAACGGAGGAACUGCGCCCAAUGGCCGCCAAGCUACAGAGGAUGCACAAUUCAGCGACGCCUUUGAGGAAAUGAUGCAGGAUGAGGGGUUCUCAGAGGGGGAUACGCCCAACCAGCAAGGCGGUAACCCUUCAACCAUGUGGGGCAUGGUAGGCGCUGUAAGUGGCGGCGCUCUGGGAUUCAUUGUGGGCAACGUCCCUGGACUGCUUGCCGGAGCAGUGGCCGGGAACAGACUUGGGGCAAUCAGAGACACCAAAGGGAAGAGCGUAUACGAAGUCUUUCGGGAACUUCCUCAGGCUGACAGGGCAAGAUUGUUGAGCCAACUGGCUGCAAAGGUAUUCAGCCAUGUUACCAGCCCAUAA